AAUCUUCAACCAUUAAAUUUUUUCUUUACCGUAACAGCGAAUGAACAUGAAUAAUAUUAUUAUCCAUCCGUAUAUUUUUGAAGAACAAUCUUGUGCCAACAUUGUCGGAAUUUAUACUGACCUCGUAGCUAGGUCACCUCCGGAUUCAAAUAAAUCUGCAGCACUGCAAGGUGCAUGGGCAAAGCGGGUAUCGGGUCAGGUGGUCAAAGAUACAUCUGAUUGGUCUUGUGUUCUCGAGGAAAGAUUUAAGGCCAAAACGUUUAACGUUUCCUUUGAUGAAUAUACUGGCCCCAGCGAAAAUGAUAGAAUUGAAAUUCCCGAUGAUUCUGAAAUUCUCGACGUGGAACCUUUGUCAGGCUGGGAAUUCGAUACACUGAUGCCAAGCUGGUUAAAAAAAGCGAUGGAUCGACACAAAACAUUAACAACCGCGCAGACAGAUCCUUUAGAAAAAUUCGAACUAGCAAAACAACCAAUCUGGUGGCGAAUCAUAGACGCAUCAGAUCCGAAAAUUGUACAGGAUUUCAUAACCGAAGAAGAAUUUUCAGAACUUAAUGCCAUAUUUUCAAAUAUUCUUAAUAUUGGACAUCAGAAUGAUUGGACAGUGUUAGAGCCUGUCGCUGAAAGAUGUUUGCAAUCUCUUGCAAAGCUGAAUAAUGAACAGAUCCGUAUGAUAGGUGAAAUGUUUAAGUAUGAAGGAAUACAUGGGGCAGUUUGUAAACUUCGGAAAAUAAUCCAAAAUAUCGAAGAAUUGAACAUAGAAGAACCUGAUCUGUUUGAUGACGAACCCACAAAUAAUAAAACACUAUCAUUGGUUCUUGAAGAGAAUGACUAUCUUGAUAAAGAGGUAGGAUACAUCUUAGAAUUGGUUCGUUACACAUGUGAAAUAUUUAGACAAAAGAAUUCCGCAACGAAAAAACUCCGAAAGGGACAUAGAUAUGUUCAUCAAAAGACACAUUUUUGCUUGUUUCGACGAUAUUCU